CUUUUUAAUUCUCCUAUUUGAGGAAUCACGCCCCACUUUCGUUUAUGAAGAACUACAACCAUAAAGGAAAGAUAGAGUGUAUCUCAAGAAACAGCAUUUUUUCAGGACAACAAAUAUGAUUCCCAACAACCGUUCGAAGGGAUUUCAUUAUGCUGCUAUUUCAACAUGUCUGUUUGACAAGAGUGUGUAUGAUGUAUAUUGCAUCGUACCUGCUUUCAUCAUCAUCACGAUACUUGCAUUCCUGAACAAGAGAGUCCGCAUUAAACCCAAAAGCUGUGAUGGAAGACCUGGCUUAGUCUUGCCCUGUUGUUUUGUUCGGGACAGCAACAGUAAUCGUCUGGCCUUUGCUGUAGCGUUUGGUGCUAUUGAAGUGAGCUGCUACAAGCUUUUUACUGAAAUCACUGGCUAUAGCUUUCUAUCACUUUCAUCAGAUCCAGUCAUUAAACUUGGUCGUGGGCCCUGGGGAAAAGAAUUGACUUUAGUUGUAUGGGUCCUGUUGUAUGGAUGGAUCAACUUCCCCAUCUUUGCCUGUCUGAUGACUGACCACCUGUUGGUUGGUGCGUUGUUUGGGUUCUUGUAUACUCUAAUGAAGUUUACUGUUGCUUUGGUUCUUAUCUUCUCUUGCCCUAACGCAUUUGCCCGUCUUAUCACGAAAACCGGUGAGGGUCGUGCGUACGAGCAAUCAGUGUUGUACACUAGACUUCCUGACCUACUGUGUCACCUUUUCUUGCUGAUCCACUUCUGGCUCGUAUUGACCAAGGUACUUCGUCGAAAAGUCCGGGGAGCUCCUGCAGAGGACUCAACUGCCACUGUUGCCAAGAGACAUGACUAUAUCCACGUAGACCUGUUGCUAGGCGACAAACUGAAUGACAGCUCAAAUAUACCUCAUAACUGGUAUAUAAGACUGAAGGACAAGAUAUAUAAACCAAGACCAGGUAUGGAACUCUUCCUUCUAAAAACCAAGAUUCAUGAGUUAGUUUGCUUAAAGAUAUGCACUGUUGUUGGAUGUUUCCUGAUGACCGUAUCUUGGACCAUACUGAUGUCAAUUAUUUCUAAAAUAAUCGUGCAGUUUCGUCGAAGAUUGGCGCAUACUGGAGUUCGCAGUACCAAUGAUUAUGUUUUUAGCAUUUUCCUUUUAGUGUAUGAGGUUGUUGAAGAAUCUCUCUACUUAGCCGUCUUCUUCACUUGCGCCCUCUCUGUUUUGUUGAUGCUACACUUUAUGAAAUGCCACAGAGAAGACAUACUGAUGUCUUACAAAGUAAAGCGAGACCUCGGUAAUAGCCCUUCCAGACUUGUGAUUAGAAGUAUCAGUUAUCCUGGAUAUCAAAUCGCAUACAUUGGCUGGGGUUACAAUUUGGUUUUGGUAAACUUGAUUUUUGUCAUCUUCUUUAUUGGUUUCUGUGUAAAGUUCUUGAACUGGGCAUAUUUUUGGGACCUCAUGCAGCAUAUCCUACCUCUUGUAGUGCUUUCUAUGUGUGUUUGGUUUUUCCAGUACUUGAUGGGAAGGCUGGUGUUCAGGGAUCGUCGCUUUCCAGAUAAAACCAUCAAUAUCAAUAACCACCGUCUCUACUGCAUAAUGUCGUACUUCUUUUUCUUCUUCAACAUUUGGGUUGGGUAUAUAUCUUCAACGUUACGGAUGGUGGGAUCAACGUUUCUCGAGAGUGUCUUCUUUGCACGCAUUGAUCGAACACCUUUAAUGCUAGGAUACCACAAUUGGGACCAAGGUAAGAUUAUAUAUGGUCAGUGA